CUUCGUCAAUUACUAAGCAUUAGUUUAUCCCAUUUCUUGGGAAUUGCCCUUUAUUACUGUUUUACUCUGCUUAUUAAUAUGCUCUGAAUGUUGAUCAUAAUUCUACGAACAGUCUUGCAUAAUCAUGAUUAGCACUAUCUUAAACUAAAAUAUUAAUAUGCUCUUAAUGUUAAUCACAGUGGAUUUGAUCUUUUUAAUUACUACACCAUUCAAACGGUUGGUUAAAAAUAAAACAACCCUUAUCGGUUAUUAAUCGGUUAACCGCUAACCAUCGGUUAUUAAUUGAUUAUAACUAGGUAACCCAAUAAUAGAUUUCGAGCUUCCGUUAAAUGACCCGCAUUCUCCUUAACGGUUAAUGGUUUAACCGUUAACUAUCGGUUAGCGAUGCGGUUAUCAGUUAAACCGUUAACGACAUAAUCGUUUAUCAUCCCUAAACCUGAGGAUAGUGGUGAUAGACUCCAGGCCGAUUCUUUAAAAUUGUUGUUGUCAAGUGCCAGACAAAAUUUCAGUCGCUUAUCAACAACAUAAUUUUAUUUUUAUUUUUGGAACUCCAUUCAAGGCCUUUUUAGAAUAACUUUCAGCGUUUACCACGAGCACUACUUCCAAUCACAAGGCGUGAUACCACAAUUCCCUUUCAUAGACCUCCAAAAUAACCUCAACCCUGAAAGAACAGAGGAACCUCAGAUGCCCAAAUUGGAUAUUACUUCAAAAAAUUGGGGAAGGACUUGACCUUCCGACACCUUCAUAAAAAAGGAUGAGUGUCAUAGGGCAUUGACCUAAGUCGUAUCAUUUUUUUAAGUUAUUCAAGGAUUCAUCCUACCUCCAUAAGGAAGAUUUUGCUUUAUAUUUUAGUGGAUUCGCUCUACUUCCUCUGAGGGAUCUUAUAAUUUAGCCUCGUCUCUUAGAAUGAGCCUUCUAUAGGUCGAAUCUCUGAUGGUCAAGGAUUUUAGGUAUGUCUGCUUCCUCAAAGACAAUACUUGCUAGACAUGACGUUCUGGAGAUUGUGAAGAUUCACUUACACCUUAAGGUCGAGAACCUAAUGAAUGAUGAAGGAAUUGACUGUACUUCCUUGAAGAUUUGCUUGGAUGACAAUGGGUUCCACCCCACCCCAUACAAGAAUUCAGUGCUUGUGGAGGACUUUAAGACCUAUUGACUAAGUCAAUCAUGACAGUAGCUUAGAGGCAAGAUUUUUGUUGAUUGAUAUAUGACCUCUCCACCUCUAACAAGGAUUUAGAAAGUGGAGAGGAGGCUUGUUGUUUCAAGUAGGAUGUUGUUAAUGUCGAAGGAUUAUCGAGGCACAAGACUUAAUCUAGUUUGGAUCUCAGGGCGACUUUUCGAGAAGCCUAGGGCUUUGUACCUCGAGAAAUCGUGGGUAGUUAAGAAAACUCCUCUUAAUGUGGGAGAAAGGGAGCCUUUGCUCUCAUCAACACGCUAAAGCUCAGGAAUUCUUCGUCAACACAAGGAAACCCGAAUAAGAAAGUUCCCUUGAGAGCUCUCAAAUGUGUAGAACAAAGAGUACAAGAGAGCUUCCCAAAAGAAUAUGAGAACUUUUGGUGUGGUUUAAAUGAGGAAAGAGCUCUCUAUUACAAAAUUUUGGGAGCCCUUCCCCCUUGGGUCCAUCCCUUUUGAUCAUCUAUCUAUAUCUAUCUAUCUAUCUAUCUAUCUAUAUCUAUACUAAAUAUUAUGGCUAUUCAAAAAUAACUUCUUGCCACAUAAGCACUUGGUGAAUGCACAAGUUGCCAAGGUGGACAAUUUUUUUUCAAACAAAACUAUUUAUUGAUCUAUUUAUGAAGUUGUCUCUCUCUUCUUUUAAUAAUUCUACUCAUCUAUCUAUCUAUCUAUAUCUAUACUAAAUAUUAUGGCUAUUCAAAAAUAACUUCUUGCCACAUAAGCACUUGGUGAAUGCACAAGUUGCCAAGGUAGACAAUUUUUUUUCAAACAAAAAACUAUUUAUAGAUCUAUUUAUGAAGUUGUCUCUCUUCUUUUAAUAAUUCUACUCAUUUUUACUAAAAUUAAAAUAAGUUAUUUUUUUAGAAAACAUUUAAAAAAAAACACACACCUAAGUAAUACAAAAAUUCGAUUAAACAAACUAUAAAGAUGGAAACAGAGAGUGACAUAUAUUGUAUUUGUUUAACCCAAGCUGAUUAAAUCUGAUUAAGUAAAUUUUCUACUCAUUUUUACUAAAACUUAAUAAUAAGUUACAUUUUGAUGAAGAAAAAAUAAACAAGCACACACAUUUAUCUAUCUAUCUAUAUCUAUCUAUUCUAUUCUAUACUAAAUAUUAUGGCUAUUCAAAAAUAACUUCUUCCCACAUAAGCACUUGGUGAAUGCACAAGUUGCCAAGGUGGACAAUUUUUUUUUUCAACAAAAAAAUAUUUAUUGAUCUAUUUAUGAAGUUGUCUCUCUCUUCAUUUAAUAAUUCUACUCAUUUUUACUAAAAUUAAAAUAAGUUAAUUUUUUAGGAAACAUUUAAACAAAAAACACACACCUAAGUAAUAAGAAAAAAAUUUCGAUUAAACAAACUAUAAAGAUGGAAACCGAGAGUGACAUAUAUUGUAUUUGUUUAACCCAAGCUGAUUAAAUCUGAUUAAGUAAAUUUUCUACUCAUUUUUACUAAAACUUAAUAAUAAGUUACAUUUUGAUGAAGAAAAAAAAACAAGCACACACAUAAAUAUUAAUAUUUGUCAAUACAAGAUAUAAACGAUGAUCUAUGAGAAAAUAAAGUAAUAAACGUUUGACAAUCAAUCGACUUUGAGAAAUAAACGAUAUGACUAUAGGUUUUUUGCUAUCAAACACUCACUUCUUUCUUAUGUAUAUACCUAUCAAAUAAAACAACUAUAAAUUAUAUAGCAAAAUGUCUGAAUACAAACUUGACAGAGCAAUAAUUGUUAUUUUUAAAAAAACUUCUUAUUCAUUUCGAUUAAAUAAAAACAUAUUAAUUAUUAAUGAAAACUUUUAAUUUGU